GUCCGAGAACAGAAUCGUCGUCCAUUGGACAGUCAGGAGAUCAUGUCCUGGACGAUGGGACAACAUUUCGGUAUUACUCAGAUGGCUCUAGCGGGUCUUGCGCCUGUGAGUCUGGCAACGCGUAAGCCGCUUCGUAGUGUCUUCAGUGUGUGGCAAAACCGUGAACCAAAGUAUACACAGAGGAACUUUCUUCCUAGUACUAUGGGAACACCAAGUAUUAAGGCUCAGCUUUCAAUGGUCAUUGGGGUUGGUCACUGAGGUCCCUCUUGAGAGAACAGGGGAAAAUGAAGGAAAAGCAAAGGGAGAGGCAUGGGGCCCAUUUCUUUCAGAGUCAGUGACCAUUGAAUGCUGAGCUUUAAAAGUAGCACAGUUUCUACUUCGAGUGGAGAUGAGGCGAGCUCCACCAGCAUUGGAUCUAGAAAUCAACAUCUGCAUGUUGUACAAACAGAACAAACUACAUCGCAAGAAGGACAAGCAAAAACAGCAGCAGCAGCAGCAGUAGUACCAGGAGAACAUCAUGAUCAAGGAAACGAAAAACCACGGGAACAGAUUUUAGAUUACAUCUGGAUUGACACUACGAAAUGGGCCGUUUCAUUGGCAUUUUGCUUGCCGAUUGAGGAGGAAUUAUCAGACCACGCUCCCUUGGUUGCGACUUUGCGUCGUGCGGAGCCUCCGGAGACGUUUAUCUAUGACCGGUUUAUAGGUGCUGGUGGUGUAACUGUAAAUCAGGGUACGACCAGCACCGGAGAUGGAAAUCAAUGGAAAGAGUUGCGUGAUCUCUUG